GAAGGAGUUUUAUACAUAUAUAAAGACGCGUUGUUCACUAAAAUAUAUUAUAUAAGGAAGCAUUUGAAAGAGGUAGGUAGAUGCAUAUGGAGUGGAGAACAUGUUAUCUGGAUAUGACUUUGAUACCAUUAGGGUUACUCAUAAACGUUGGUUACCAUGUUUGGUUAUGGCAUAAGGUUCGGACACAUGCUUCCAUAACCAUCUUCGGAAUAGAUGCCGAUGGCCGGUAUUUGUGGGUUUCAGGUAUGAUGAAGGAUAUUGACAAGAAGAACAUUGUAGCGGUUCAAAGUAUUCGGAACAUGAUGAUGGGAUCAAUCUUUAUGGCCAACACAAGCAUCCUUCUCUGUUGUGGCCUUGGAGCAGUGAUUAGCAGCACUUACAGUGUGAAGAAGCCUCUCAUGGAAUCAAUUUAUGGAGCACAUGGGGAAUAUGUUGUGGCACUUAAAUAUGCAACACUUUUUGCUAUAUUCUUAUUCUCUUUUCUCUUUCACUCUCUGGCAGUGAGGUUUCUCACCCAUUUGAGCAUCCUCAUUUGCACACCACAAGAUGUGAUGACCUUGGUUACCCCACAGUAUUUGAGUGAGCUACUAAGAAGAGCCACUAUUUUGAACAUUGUGGGAAAUAGGAUUUUGCACACAGGACUUGCCCUUCUGCUUUGGAUCUUUGGGCCAGUGAUGGCAUUCUCAUGCUUGGUUGCCAUGUUGCUGGUGCUUCAUAAGCUUGACUUUGUGGCUAGGAAAGAAAAGGUCAUAAAGAUAGGAACUGACAAGGAAAUUGGUUGUCCUGAGAUUUGAGCUAGAGUCUCAAGUUGUGUGCAAUUCAAUCAUGAGAUUUUGUAUUUUACAUACAUGUAUCUUUCACGAAAAAUAAUUUUGUUUGGAUCGAAUAUAAUAAGACGAUUCAAGAAAUUUU